ACCCAUUUCUCAAAGCGUAUAGGAAUAUGAGUUAGAGCUUCUCCUCUCUCUCUCUCUCUCUCAGUUUUUGGAGAAAGCUUUGUGGUAAAGGGAAAGAGGAGGAGGACGAAGAUGGGGGCACUCGAUUACCUAUCAAACUUUUGCAUUGUCACCAGCACCAGAAGCAAACGCAAACCAAUGCAGACAGUGGAGAUCAAGGUUAAAAUGGACUGCGAUGGCUGCGAGAGAAGAGUCAAGAAUGCUGUUACCACCAUGAGAGGCGUAAAAUCCGUGGAGGUAUACCGGAAACAAAGCCGAGUGAAAGUGAGCGGCUACGUCGACCCAAACAAGGUGUUGAAGAGGAUCAAGAGAACUGGCAAAACAGCCGAGUUCUGGCCUUACAUCCCGCAGCACCUGGUUUACUACCCUUACGCCGCACAGGUCUAUGACAAGAGAGCACCAGCUGGGUACGUCCGCAACGUCGUGCAGGCCUUCGCGAGCAGCUCAAAUGCCGUGCCAGAGGAGAGAAUCAUCUCCAUGUUCAGCGACGACAAUGUUAAUGCAUGCUCUAUCAUGUAAUAAUUGUCAGUUACGUACUACAUGCGAUUUUAAUUAUAUUGCAUGGUUUGGUUCAUAUAUAUGAGAACUAAUGUUGUUGUGGGUGUGCGCGUGUGUAUCACUGCGGCAAGAUUAACAGGAUGGAAAUCACUGAGUUGGAUUUAAUGUAUCAGAUGUAAUGUCAGCCAUGGCUGAUUUUUAUAA